AUGACAAGGAAGCUUGUGAUGAUUGAUGGUCGUCAGUGGGGUGGUGCUAAUGAUGAUGAUGAAGGUGGUUCAGUCAGUCAUUUUUCAUUGAAGUUGUCUGCCAAAACUAAUAUGAAUUGUUUCAAUUUAUAUGUUACGUUUCCUCUUGCAAUA